AUGACUGGUAACAACCUGACUGGUAACAACCUGACUGGUAACAACCUGACUGGUAACAACCUGACUGGUAACAACCUGACUGGUAACAACCUGACUGGUAACACCUGUACUGUUGCUCUUGUAUGGCAGUACAUUUGUGCAUAUGUGUUUAUAUUCAUAAGUGAAAGUAUGAAAGUAUGUGGCACCCUGGAACCUAAGUGGUGCCUUCAGAGCGGUGGCACCAGGCUGAUAAAUCUUAAGGAUAAAUCUACGGUGGAAGGCAGAACUGCAAGAAUAAACCAGUUGCGGGAGCUAUGCAACAGCAGCAGUACAAAUAUGAAGAAUGAUCAGUGGACAAUCAACCCUGGAAUAACACCAUUAUCUGAAAGUUCACGUAAUGUAGUCAAUAUCCUGACGGAGAGGCGCAAGUUGCUUCAGACGCAGUGCGAAGAGAAACUGACUCCCGAGGAGAAAGCACAACCCGCUAACAGCAAUGAAUUUCUCAUAAGUGAUAAAUAUAAGCUGGUGUGGUGUAACGUUUUCAAAGCUGCCUCCACUACCUGGAUGUUCAAUUUCUUUAUAAUGGCCGGCAAGACCGAAAAGGAGUUUCGGCUGUCCCUCAAGACCUCAGCCGUUGAAGAGACGAGAAAGUUGUACCCACGUCCCUCCAUAGAGGAGCUGAAUGACUCCCUCACUUGCCUGAACUACUCUUCAUUCAUAAUCGUCAGGGAGCCCUUUGAACGACUCCUGUCUUCGUACCGGGACAAAAUAGAGUCCACUGCUCAGUAUUACUUCAGGUAAGACUCGAUGCCAUUUUGUUUUUUCU